GCUGGAGACAGUCCCAGAGGGGGCGAUGUGCCGGAAAUGCACCCACGAUCUCGCUUCGAGCCUUGAAACUCCGCCACAGGGCCGGCUCCGGCUGGUUGACUUUCCUGCCGCCGUUUGUCCCUCGCGAAGCCCCGUUGCUCGCCCGGGAGGCGUGACUAGGGGCUGGAAGCAGGCGGGCGGCGGCGCCGUGGGCCCGGGCUGCCGCUGUCAUGGACGCCUGGGUCCGCUUCAGUGCGCAGAGCCAAGCCCGGGAGCGGCUGUGGCUGCCCAGUAUGCCUGUUCCCUUCUUGGACACGCUUUGCAGAGACAUGGGGCUAGUCCCGAGUUGCAGAAACAGAUUCGACAGCUGGAGGGUCAUCUGAGCCUCGGGAGAAAGCUGCUACGCCUGGGUAACUCGGCAGAUGCUCUUGAGUCCGCCAAAAGAGCUGUGCACCUAUCAGAUGUUGUCCUGAGAUUCUGCGUCACUGUUAGUCAUCUCAAUCGAGCCUUAUACUUUGCCUGUGACAAUGUUCUGUGGGCUGGAAAGUCCGGACUAGCUCCCCGUGUGGACCAGGAAAAGUGGGCGCAGCGUUCAUUCAGGUACUAUCUGUUUUCCCUCAUCAUGAAUCUGAGCCGCGACGCUUAUGAGAUCCGCCUACUGAUGGAACAAGAGACCUCAGCUUAUGGCAGGAGAAUGAAGGUUUCUGGAGUCCCAGGAGGAGUGGAGACUGGGGGACCUGGGGAGCCAGGGACUCCAGGGGCAUGCCUGCCACAACUGGCUCUCAAGUUUCGACUCCGAGUCCUGCUCCUCGCUCGUGUCCUUCGAGGUCACCCCCCUCUUCUGCUGGACGUGCUCAGAAACGCCUGUGACCUCUUCAUCCCACUGGACAAACUAGGCCUCUGGCGCUGUGGCCCUGGGAUUGUGGGCCUCUGUGGCCUCAUCUCCUCCAUUCUGUCUAUUCUUACCCUAAUCUGUCCCUGGCUACGACUCAAACCCUGAUAUUAUAAUGCAGGAUAAGGAGGGGGCCUGGAAUUGUGAGAUGGAAUAUUAGAUUGUCCCCCAUGUGCCAGCCUCAUUCUAAUUCGACUCCCUAAUUGAAGUCACAAUCCAGAUACUCAGGACGAAGGGAAGAACCUUGCCAAAGACAGGUCAGGAAGGCGAUGCCAGUGGAAAACUCAGACAGGCCUCAAGAGGCAUUUGGUCUUCUCUGUCAAUGCCAGAAUCUCUUUGCCCUCUUCCUUGUAUCUGUCCUGAGUCUGGUUACGAAUUCGUCACUAUGCGACAGAAUUGUCUUUCUUAGUCCCCUGACCAGAUACUUAAACAGAACUGCUUUUUGGUAGGGGAAGUGUAAGUUUUGGGUGGUAAAGUGCUAAUUGUAUUCUUUGUCUGAA